AUUUUUAUGCAGAGCGUCAAGAUUGCAAAACAUCUUGAUUGGAAACAGUGUGGUUAAUGCUGCUAUCGUUCUGUAAAUAUGAUGAACGUGAAUAAGGUAAAACUACACACUCCGUCAUUGAGAAGCGUUUCAGAAGCUCUCUCUGAAGGCUUGCAGAAUAACUUUGCAGAAGUUAACGUGUCUGUUGUUGACUGCCCAGAUUUGCGAAAAGAACCCUUUAUGCUGGCAUCAGAAGGCAUCUGUGGACACCCUCGAUUAGCUGAUGUUGGUGGGGUUCCUAAUCUUAUACCUUUGCCACAGAAAGACAAGAUAUAUAAUCUAGAGACUAUUGCUAAACAAGUGGAACUUCCAAAUGCAUUCAUAAUCGGUGCAGGAGCAGGACCUUCUCAUUUUGUCGGAGUUAAUUGUGAGCUUAUGCCUAACAUCAAUAUUGGUGACAACCAAAACAACACACAUUUUGCAACAGUUGCAGAGGAUGGUAAAUGCCAUUUGGAAAAGCUGAGAGACAGCACUGACUUCCGCCUUCUUGCCAAUUUAUUUGCUUCUGAGGGUCAACAGGGAAAGGUAAUAUGCAUCCAUGUCAAAAAACGAACUGGUCCAGACAAUUUUGUGACUGCCAUAAGGAAAAUACUCUUGAACAACUAUAAAGACCAACCUGUAGGGGUGGGUGGAUCGUUUUUAAUAAAAAAUGGAAAGGCAAAAAUUCAUGUUAUGCCUCACUUUUCCGAAACUCCCCUGAAGACCGACGAGGACGUCAAUAACUGGCUCAAGUUUUACAACAUGAGUGCGCCACUUGUCUGUCUGAGUGUCUUUGUGUCACAUGAUCCAGAUUUGGACUUGCGAGUAGAACACACCCACUGUUUCAGUAACCAUGGUGAGGGUGGCCAUUACCAUACAGACACCACACCAGAUGAUGUUGAGUAUUUGGGAUAUUUUAACAUUGCAGAAUAUAUGUUCAGAAUCGACCCGCCUACCGAGACUCACCUUAUUGGAAGAGAUUAGGUUGUCGUGGCAACUGUAACCAGGGAGACACCUGAAAUUUACAAAGUUUGUUACUUUGUAACUGUUAUCUUACAAUAGUACAUUAUAUCAAUCAAAUAUGAUAAUUCUUUUUUUUCCAUAUCUUUUGUAUUUUACCACUACUAUUAUUGUUAAUUUUGUCAUUAAUCUACGUUCGAGUCAUUUAUUUUUAGUACUUUAAGUUGUUAAGAAUGAAUAUAAAGAGUAUAGUAUUUUUCAUACGAGUUUGUUUUAUAAGAAUGUUUUAACAAACUUUAUUUUACCAGCAUUAAAAUGCUUGGAGCUAUAUGCAAAAAGAAAAAGAAAUUUAAGUGCUUAUCUAAAAUUGUUUUUUUUUUUUUUCUUUAACUUUUGUUCAAAACACCGUGCUGUUUACGUCUCUUGUAUUUUUGUAGAAGUUAUGAAUACGGAAUUUUAGUUUUAAAUCUCUGCUACUUCACCAGACAGUGGGUAAAACAUUUGAUGAUUGUUUUUACUUCUUGAUUUCUGUAAGAAGUCAACUUAUCUGGCAGUAACUGAUAGAUUAGUGCUGUAGUUUUCAACCUUUUCUGGGUUGAGGAACCCUGGGAGUAACAGGUAAUAUUCUUAGGAACCCGGUUGAAAAACACUAGAUUAAUGAAUAAUACUAACACUUCACUAAAUCAACAUAUUUACAUUUUGUCGUCGUGGGUAAGGAAAGAGAUCCUAUAUACAUCCGAACAUCUUUU